AGGUUUCUCUGCCUGCUGUGGCAUUCCCAUCCACACUCACUCCAACUGCUUCAAGGACCAGAGAACCAAGAGGAGGGUCAGGAGCUGCAGCUCUGAUAGGACCUGACAAUAUUACACAGGAAUUUAUUAGUGCAGAUUUACAAACAUGGCAGCCAUGGAAACACUGGAGCAGCCCAGCGUCCCUCUAGAGCCACAGACACUCACUGAGAUCUCAGACGACGAGAUCAACCUGCCUCCCUCAGACGAUGAAGAGCCAGCUGAGGGGAAGACUGAGGCCUCUGCAGGUCCAGAGGCAGAGCAGGCCGCCGAACAGCCUCCCGUAGAUCAGCCCAUGAACGGGGCUAUGGUGCUCUCGCUGCUCGACAAGAUCAUUGGGGCUGUGGACCAGAUCCAGCAAACACAGAGCGGCCUGGAGACCAGACAGCAGGAGAUGGAGCGCUCUGUCACCUCCAUCCAGGGAGAGCUGCUCAAGCUGGCCAAAAGCCACACCACCACCUCCAACAGUGUGAAUAAGAUGAUGGAGAAGGUGCGCAAGGUCAGCGUCAAUGUGAAAACUGUCCGAGCCACCCUCGAGAAGCAAGGAGGCCAGAUCAAGAAACUGGAGACCAAUGAGGCAGAGCUGCUGAAGAGACGGAACUUCAAAGUCAUGAUCUACCAGGAUGACGUGAAGCUCCCCUCUAGACUCAGCAUCUCCAAAACCAUGAAGGCCUCUGAGUCUGCGACUGGGAGCAGAGGUGGCAGUAUGCUGGAGCUGAAGGAGGGGGCGGAAGAGGGAGGAGAGGAGGCAGGACAGAGCACGGAUAAGCCCCAUGUAGACCUGUCCUCAGAUGAAGAGGGCGUGGACGUGGAGGACAUACUGGAGGAGACACGGGCCGAGCGCAUCAAACGCAGCAGCCUGCAACGUGUGCAAAACCUAAAAACUGUCUUUUCCAAGGAGAAGAUGGACAAGACCAGGGCCAAGACCAAGGAAAACCUGGAGAAGACAAAACAAAAAACUAAAGAUAACAUUGAGAAAACCAAGCAGAAGACCAAAGAGAACAUUGAGAAAACAAAACAAAAAACCAAGGAGAACAUAGAAAAAACCAAACAGAAAACCAAAGAAAACCUGGAGAAGACCAGGCAAAAGACCAAAGAGAACCUGGAGAAGACACGCCACAACAUUGAGAAGAAGAUGGGCAAGUUGGGAACACGUAUGUCUGUAAACCCUGAGCGCAAGCAGAAGAUGCAAACAUCCCGGGACAAGGUGAAGAAGGCUUUCACUCCUGACCAUGUGGUUUACGCCCGAUCCAAGACCGCCGUCUACAAGGUGCCUCCCUUCACCUUCCACGUCAAGAAGUUCCGUGAGGGGGCAGUGGAGGUUGUGCAGGGCACGGAGAUGAUCGAGGUGUCCCAGGAUGGAGAGGCCUUCAGUGGGGUGGACGCUGAGCUGCAUGAUGAGGCGGUGGAGGUAGAGAUGGAAAUGAUGAAUGGAGGUGGAGAGGAAGAGGAGGAGCACGAUGAAGUAGAAGAGGCUGAAGAUCAUGACGAAGAGGACAGCCACGAGGAGCUGCAGAAGGAUGAAGACCAAGACAGAGACAGUGAUUAGUUUGAAUCACACACACCACAAUACACCACACUAUCACUAGAUUUAUGUCCCAUUUAAUUACAAGACCUAUGAGGGAAAAGUCUGAAAUGAUGAAAUUACUGAAAAAAAUGUGACCAAAAUAUCAAAUAUCAGUAAUCACGCCAUAUUGAACAAAAAGUACAUCAAUAUGUCUAUUCAGCACACACUCAGAAUUAAUAGACAUUAUUUACCCUCACUGUAUCUCACAUGCCCCAUACCUGAAGAUGUUCUUUUCAUUAUUAAAUCUAGAGCUAUGUUUGUUUUUAAGAUGCCACCUGACUCCUUAUCUGUAGCCUAACUGUGACUGCUGCAGCCAAUUAUUUUAGCUAUUAUCCACUGAAUAACUGUUCUGUUCUUGCCUACCACCCUCCAGUGUCCACACUUUAUUUUACUGUGUGCAUUCGUUUGAUCUGUUGUAUUGUGUUUUUAUUUGUUGAUCACAUGUGCAAAUGUGAGUGUAUAUGUCUAAACAGUGAGCUCCAUAGAAACCCAUCACAGAUAAAGUUCACAGCACACAGGUGGGACAUGGAAGCUGACUGGCUGACUUCAUUAUUUCAUUAUUUCUUACCCAGUAAACUCUAAAUUGUAAUUUUGUUUUCAAGGUAAACACAGAAGAUCCUCACAAUUGUUUGUUUGUAUAUUCUUUGCUGAACCACUAGCUUAAUAUUCACUUUAAUAAAGUCUAGUUCACUCA